GGUUCAGAGUCGCAAUGGUUGCCUCCGGCUUGUUCCUCGCAUCGCUCAUCGCUCUUGCCUUGGGCAAGCCCACCGCCCGCAACCUCAAGCUGCACGAGUCCCGCCCCAGCGCCCCGAACGGAUUCUCGCUCGUAGGCUCUGCGGACUCCAACCGGACUCUGAAGCUGCGUCUUGCUCUUGCCGAGAGCAACUUCUCUGAGCUUGAGCGCAAGCUGUAUGAUGUCAGCACGCCGAAGAGUGCUAACUACGGCAAGCACCUCUCCAAGGCGGAGGUACAGCAGCUUGUUGCUCCUGGGCAGGACAGCAUCGACGCUGUCAAUUCUUGGCUGAAGGAGAACGACAUCACUGCGAAGACGAUCUCCUCUACUGGCGAGUGGAUCUCCUUCGAGGUUCCUGUCAGCAAGGCGAACGAUCUCUUCGACGCCGACUUCUCUGUCUUUAAGCACGAUGACACCGGCGUGGAGGCGAUCCGCACCCUUUCGUACUCUAUUCCGGCAGAGCUUCAGGGCCACCUCGAUCUCGUCCACCCUACGGUGACAUUCCCUAAUCCGUACAGCCACCUCCCGGUCUUCCAGUCGCCCGUUAAGAAGACGGCUGAAAUCCAGAACUUCACCGCCGGUGCUAUCCCCUCGUCGUGUUCGAGCACGAUCACUCCUGCUUGUCUUCAGGCCAUCUACAACAUUCCUACCACAGCUGCGACCGAGUCGUCAAACCAGCUGGGUGUGACUGGCUUUAUCGACCAGUACGCCAACAAGAAAGACCUCAAGACUUUCUUGAAGAAGUACCGCACCGACAUCUCUUCGAGCACCACCUUCACCCUGCAGACCCUCGAUGGCGGUUCCAACUCGCAGACGGGUAGCAAGGCCGGUGUCGAGGCUAACCUCGACAUUCAGUACACUGUCGGCGUUGCCACUGGUGUCCCGACUACCUUUAUCUCCGUUGGAGAUGACUUCCAGGACGGUGACCUCGAGGGCUUCCUUGAUGUCAUCAACGCCCUCCUCGAUGAGGACGCUCCUCCUUCGGUCUUGACGACUUCAUAUGGCCAGGACGAGAGUACCAUCUCUCGUGCCCUCGCAGUUAAACUCUGUAACGCGUAUGCUCAGCUUGGUGCUCGUGGUGUUUCUAUCCUCUUCGCCUCGGGUGACGGUGGUGUCUCCGGCUCGCAGUCUGCCAGCUGCUCCAAAUUUGUUCCCACCUUCCCAUCCGGCUGCCCCUACAUGACCUCCGUCGGCGCCACCCAGGGUGUAAACCCCGAGACCGCGGCUGACUUCUCCUCCGGCGGCUUCUCCAACUACUGGGGCGUCCCGGACUACCAGAGCGACGCUGUCAGCACCUACCUCUCCGCGCUCGGCAAGACGAACUCCGGCAAGUACAACGCCUCCGGCCGUGGUUUCCCUGAUGUGUCCACCCAGGGUGUGAGCUUCGAGGUCGUCGUCGAUGGCUCCGUAGAGGCGGUCGACGGUACCUCCUGCGCGUCCCCCACGUUCGCGUCCAUCAUUUCCCUCGUCAACGACAAGCUCGUCGCGGCAGGCAAGAGUCCGCUCGGCUUCCUCAACCCCUUCCUGUACUCCGACGGCGUCGCCGCCCUCAACGACAUCACGUCAGGCUCCAACCCUGGCUGCAACACCAACGGCUUCCCUGCGAAGAAGGGUUGGGACCCUGUCACUGGUCUUGGGACCCCCGACUUCAAGAAGCUCCUCACGGCAGUCGGCUUGUGAGCGUCGCUCGUUGUAGAUCGGAUUACGGGUUGUGGCAAAAUGCACAUUUGUACACUAUACAAUUCUAUCUCUAUUGUUAUAGAUCACCGUCAUCUGCAUCGUUCACGUCCUCACGACAACGGCACUGACGGGUUG